CCCUUACACGGCGUUAACGAAAACAAAAACAGCAUUUUAAAGCUAUUCACCAUCAGAAAUUUUUACAGUUGCAAAUGAACAACGUUGCAAGUAACUCGAGGCUCCAGCGGAUACGCAGCAUGUUGGUGUUGCUAGCAAAGCUGCUAAUUUGUUGCAACCUCAUUGUGGACACGACAGGCACAAUACCAGCAACAACAGCUGCGGUCACUAGCAUGUUAGCAUCGGCAAGUCAACGCAACAUGCCACAUAAUUGGCUACGACGGCAGCGAAGGUAUUUGCUGUUUGAGAAGGGUUCAACAGUCGGGGUGCAAAUAGCCAAUACGAAAGCUCUUAUACCAGAGCAGCCGCGUGGUCUAUAUUAUAUCUUUGAAUGUACCGCUAACUAUGAAUUGCCUACAACGUUGGAUGAUCUAUGGCCUCAACUGACGAAAGCGCAACAACAACAACACACAACACACAACCCAACAACAAAUGCUGCUGCAGUGCAUAUGCCGAAUAUAAUAACCUUUAGCGGAAGUCACAGUAAUAACAAAUACAACAACAGUAACGACGAUAUUUGGCUACCAACGCAACGACGGCAAUGGUUUAGCGCACACAGAAAACAACAGCAACAAGCUAGAAAGCAACAACAACAUCUAAAACAAUACAAUGCACUUCAGCAACAUCGAUUUCCUUCAGCUUUGCAAGAAGCGAAAUCAUUGGAAUUCACGCCGCCCAUAUUGUCGAGGAAAUUUGCUGCUUAUCCGGCGACGCACCAACACUCUGUGUGUCCACGACGAAAUGUUUAUGGAAGUUGGCAGCACAACAAUGUGUCACAAUUGUGUGCGGCCGGUCCGAAAACAUUGGGGCGUGUACGAAAGCGGAGGGGUGGUGGUGAUGGUGAAAACUCUGUUGGUGUUGGUAUUGGUGUUGCGGGCGGCAAGAAAAAUAAUGAUUAUGCUGUCCAUCGAGUUGAUGAGCGUCCUGAUGAAUUCCGUUUUGCUACAAAUGCUGAGCGCAUUUUCUUCGAUUUGCUGGCGCAAUGGACCCAAAUUUAUAAUUAUCCACCGCAUUACUGUAUAAUGCGCACCUUCUGUGAAGCUCGCCAUAUGCUGUUGGCUCGCGGACAAUCGCUUUUUCACGAUUUGCUGCGAAUUCUAAUCGAUGCCGCAUUGCCGGCCGCACGUCGUCAUGCCACAUAUAAAAAAGCGAUUUCACAUGACAAUUUAAGCGACUGCGCCCAACGCUAUGCAACACUCUGCGGCUUAAGUUUUCUGCAACAUUUCAGCGAAGUUGUGCACGGACGAUUUAUGCCAUAACCACAAGUAGAGCGAUAGCGGAAGCGGAGAGAGAGAGAGACAGAAGUGCGUAUAAACAUGCACACACAUACAUGCACGCUCUGAACAAAUUGCAAUUACACACACACUCCCACAAGCGCUUUUGCAAUAAAUAAAUACCAGCGGCAUGUAAGCGCAAAUGUUUUAUAAAAUACGGCCGCCCAAUCGCAAUGAAAUGUAAAUACAGUUAAAUACGCGUAUAGUGUAUGUGUCGGCGCAAUAAAAUACAAAAUACGCAAUGUAAAUAAAACAUAAAUAAAAAUCAGUAAAUAAAAGUGACAAGUAUUAAAAAUAGCACAUCCGCAUGCCGGCAUUGACGCGC